AAAUGCAUAGACAUACUUACCGGUAAAUCAAAUACAGAUCGUUUUAAUUUAAAGGCACUUGUGUCAACACUCUUAGAUUAUCCCACAGCUUGGUACAGUGGGGAUCCUAAAUUGCACAGGUGACACUUGAUUCAGGCUUUACUUUAUGAGUGAUAAGGGUUUGGGGCUUUGGUUGUGACAAGAUUCAGGGUAAAGGUUCCACAUAUAAUUCCACACCGGCGAUAAUUUCAUUUUUGAGUCGCUCUGUACAGAGGUGGCAUUUCUUGAGGCCAAAAAACUGUACCAAACUCAAAGCUGUGAUGUGAAGGCAGGCUCGUGUGCUGAAGGGAACAGCUUUUUCAGUCCAUUAUGAUCGAGAUAUGGUCUUUGUACCAUCAUCUCAUCAAUAUUUAAAGGAGGAUUAUUCACUUCAAAGAAUUGUUGCAAGCUGCAAUAAAAAACGGCAUCACCAUGUCUUUACGCCGGAUCCUACAUCAUUUGUGCAACAUACGCAUAGGAAUCAAGUCAGUCCUGCUUCUCAUACUAGCAUGUCUCGCAAUACACACAGUAUUCCUCGUUCUGAUACGGAACGGUUACCUAUUGUCCUCCAGAAGACCCGGAGAUGCCAUAGACAAAAAGAGAGAUGUUGCCGAGUCAUCGGAGAAACACUCAAAUAUUUCCUCACUUGUGAAGUCUCUGCAUGACGGAGAAAAGGAGUUGUAUGCCGAUAUUAAAUCAAAACCUGUGAGUUUAAAUGAAAUCGUCAGGAAUUUAGCACAUUUGGCAAGCAAUCGUUCGACGGAUGAUUAUAACACAGGGGAUGAAAGCGUGGGAGCGUCGGACUCAGAGAAAGCAUCGGACCAGAGUCAGCAUCAUGAUGAUGAAAAGCAUGGAAAGGAAUCUGUGACGGAGAGGGCAAAAGCCGUUGAAAAGACCACUGAAGAAUUGACUAAAAAGAGUUGCAUCCGGUAUGUGUCUAUCUAUUCGCCACGCAUGGCGCCUUUUCAUUACUGGCGUGAAUAUGUGAAUCUAGAACAGGCCUUUAAGGAGGCGAAAGAAGUAAAUAGUUCGCGCUACGACAGCAGGAUCGUUCAGCACCGAGAGUUCCCGUCGAUGUUUAUCGAGUGUCCCGGAUACCGAUGUGACGUGGCUCUGAGGCCGACAGCGGACGAGCGGUUCCUUGCGCGGAGCGAUGCUGUCAUGAUCAACAUGGUGCCUCAAGAGGUACGCUAUAAGAUGCCCAAACUCUCAGAGCGACUCAUCAAGAAUCUUCCACGACGAGUCAAGGUCUUUUUCUACGCCAUGGAGUGUCCGCUAAUGAUGUCCCACUGGGACGACACGUUAAAAGACAUCCAGUAUCACUACACGAUGACCUAUCAUUCAGACAGCGAUGUCUAUUUCCCAUACGGUCAGUACGUUCCCGGAGAGCCAAUGGACACCGAGGUAAAAAACUUCGCGGAGAACAAGACAGGUCUUUUGGUCUGGACGGCCAGCAAUUGCAACAAAACCUUCUGGCCGCGGCUGGAGUGGGUGCGGAACCUGGAGAAGCUCGUGGAUUUCGAUACUUACGGUAAAUGUGGCAAGCUGACAUGCCUCCCGCCGUUGUCCCCAAUCUGCACCAGGCAACAAAGAGUGUACAAGUUCUACCUCGCGCUCGAAAAUGCUCCUUGUGAUGAGUAUGUCAGCGAGAAGGUCUGGACAAACAGUCUCAUGACCGGUCUGGUACCCAUCGUCUACGGUGGGAGACGCGAAGCUUACGAGCGCGUCCUUCCGCCGAAUUCUUUCAUCCACGUCAGCGACUUUGCCUCCCAGCAGGAGCUUGUUGACUACCUCAAGAUGAUCGAUAAGAACGAUAACCUGUACAACGAGUUCUUCGCCUGGCGGAGAGAGGGUCGGGUGGAGCAGGUCUAUCCAGAUCUGUACCCGGAAUCUUUCUGUCGGGUGCUCCCGAAGCUGUCCAAGUACAGCUCACCUCCGGUCAAGAAAAUUGGAGAUUCCAAAUACUUUCAAUCGUGCCGAGGAGGUCCCGUUAGAAACCGCACCGCACAAGGUGAUAUUCACAAUUGGAGCCCUUGGAGAUAACGAACUAAAAUGGAAUGUCCUACGUCUAUUUUCGAGAAGAAAAACAUAUUCUCGAUAAACGUAUGUGUUUAAGCCGAUUGAUUGAUAUGCAUCAGUCUAUUAUCAUCAUCAAUAUUGCCGUCACCUGUGAUUGAGAAGGGAAAAUAUAACUUAAAUAAACUUCGUGUCUCUUAUUCCAUUAAUACUGAUUGGGAUGUGCCCUUUAAUUUCUAAAUCCUAUAUUUAAUGGUGGUUUUUAAAUAACUGUACGAUGUUAUCCGCCAUUGUGUGAUAUUCACAUGUAGCGUUUAGGAAAGGAGUUAUGUCUUUGUAUAGUACUCUGUAUUGUCCUGUUGUUUCAUUUUCAUUGGAAAUAUUUCCAAUCCAUGAAGAACGUGUCCUGGGGCGCAUGACAACUCAUGGAUAAAAUAAAUGGUCGAUGUACCGAAAAUAUAUGGA